UCAGUCUUCCAUCACUUUCCAGAAUCUUCAGCCAGCCAACCCCCAUUUCUCCUCUCUCUCUCUCUCUCUCUCUCUCUCUCUCUUACCUGCUACAGUGCUACUGUUCUUUCUAGUGGCUCUGUCCACAUCAGUGGCAUCUAUGCACGACUCUGUCGCCUCUCUUCUCUAAAUCAUGUGUGGUCUCCUUCAUCGGCAGUGACCUUAUGCUGCUCCGCCGUAUUAAGAGCCUCCUCCGCCAUGACGUACGUGAGCGCCACCUUCUCUGUUCGCAUCUCAUCCUUGCCUUCCCAAGGUAAGACUGCCGCUAUGAGUGGUGGUGGAUUGGCCACGAUCGGGCAGACGCGACGUAAACCUCCGCCACUUGUUCGAAGAUCUCCGACGCCGUUACCUCUGCUCUGAUCUGCGUCCUCCACUUCCUCUUCGCGACGGCGCCGUCCUCGGCGCCGCUGUUGGUUGUGCGUUGCGCGCCACCGUCGCGUGGACUGAUUCUGCCUCCAUGGACGUCAUCGGCUUCCUCCAAUUGCAGAUAUAGAAUGUCUAUGUCUUGUUUUGUGGGUGUGUUGCUGGUUUUGUGAAAUUGAGAACGCUUUGGAGGUAAUAAAUCUGGAUCUGUGAGCAAUGGAUUUAGUGUGAAAAUUAUUUUCUGUUCUGGGGGUGUUCGAGAAAUCUAAUUUUGAAUUUUCUGAAAAUUUUCUUGGUGAUUCUGGUGCUGGAAUUUCUGAUGUAUCACAAUCUGUUUUUGAAUGUUUUGCAAUUUCUUGAUCUGGUUUCCUUGGAUGCCUUGAUUGUUGCUGAAUAUGAAACAGUAGGGUUCUGUUGAUGCAUUUUUGUUUGAAUGUGAGCUUGAAAUUCUGGAUUUGGAUGCCCUUCCUCUUCAAACUUGAUUUCACGGAUCCUUGCAGGCUUCAGCCAAACAUCUAAAAGAGAAUUGUAAUUUUUUCCAAAAAUUUCUCUAUGAAUAUAAAUUUUCAAACCAUUGAUAAAACAAGGAAUUAAAAUUUCAGAAUCCUUCACAGCAACACUGUUAGCAUAAGUCAGAAAAUCCUCAUAAUAUUCACUAACAGUACCGGAUUGAUUUCUAAUUGAGUCCGGCAGACCACCAUAAAAAUGGAGAAUGGUGGCCAAUGAAAGCACCAUUGUAAGGAGGAAAGAAAUUAGAAUAGGGAAGAAUUAAUCAAUCAGAGAGAAAUUAGGAAGAAUCAUGAGGGAGAGAGAUAAUUCCAUGGAAGGAAUUUCAGAAAAGGAAAUAUAUUCAUUACUCAAUUCAUGGUUCCUCUAUUACAUUUCUACUAUAUCUAUUUAUAAUAAAUCAAAUACUAAUGAAACUAUCCUAAUUGGGACUUGGCCUAUAUUUUCCUCAUUACAGGCUCCUCGCCGGUUUCGUCGCUAAGUCGCCGUCAAUCAUAGUAGCUGGAGGCAGAGCAGUCAAUUCACAGCACAUCAUAAACCCCAGGGGCGUCCGUGGUUCGUCAUCCUCCACCGCCGUUCAUCUGUGCCACCUUCCUCCUCGGCGCUCAUCCUUGACGCUGCCUUCCUCCUCUUCGGCGGUCAUCCACAACGCCGCCUUCAUCCUCCUCGUCGCCGUUCGUCAGCGCCGAAACCAUAACUAAGGCAAAUUCGUGGGUUUGUUUGAGGACUGGAAGCUAAAGGUGCUCACAAAAAUUUGACGUGGCAUUACGAGACUACAUAUAAAUACACAGAAUAACAUAAUAGACUGUGUGUGUGAAAGAGAUGAACUGAGUUAGAACCAUAUCUCAAGGAAGGAAAUGGAGAAUGCAACAACCAAUUCUCCAUGUGAAGAGGAACCAAAACAAGAUGAGCAUGCAUCUGCACCACAGGCACAAGAAGCAGGAGGAUGGAGAUCAGUCUACUACAUUAUUGGUAACGAGUCGUUCGAAAAAUUGGCAUCAAUGAGUUUGAUAUCGAAUCUGACGAUGUACCUGCUAACGAGGUACAAUUUGAGUGCAAUAUUUGUGGUGAAUGUGGUUCAAAUUUGGAAUGGAUCAUCCAAUGUUGCAUCCAUAAUCGGUGCUUUCAUUUCUGAUACUUAUUCGGGAAGGUUUCGCACCCUCUUAUUUGGCUCCAUUGCAUCACUUCUGGGUAUAUUGAUAAUGACCCUGACAGCAGGUAUACAUCAAUUGAGGCCUGCUAACUGCACUGGUAGGCCACAUUGCCAGUGGCCACAACCGUGGCAGCUUCGUAUACUCUUUUUCGCCCUCGCCAUGUUAUCUGUUGGCGCAGGUGGAAUUAGGCCGUGCAACAUUGCAUUUGGCGCUGACCAAUUCGAUACCAAAACAGAGAAAGGCAGGGCACAAUUGGAAAGUUUUUUCAAUUGGUGGUACUUCACCUUCACCAUUGCACUUGUGAUCGCGCUAACUGGCGUUGUCUACAUUCAAACCAAUGUUAGCUGGACAUUAGGAUUCGCCAUUCCAACACUCUGCCUUGCUUUCUCAAUAGCAAUCUUCUUAAUCGGUCAGCACACUUACAUUCGAAAGAAGCCUCAGGGGAGUGUCUUCUCUGAUAUGGCAAAGGUGAUCACUGCAGUGUGUCGAAAGUGCAAGCUUAAGACCUCUGAUAGAACACGUUAUUAUGAUCCUGGUCCAUCAGAAUUGGACCACAACAAUGUUAGGCUUGUUCGUACAGAUAGGUUCAAAUUUCUUGAGAAGGCUGCUAUAAUUUCUGAUCCUAGUGAGUUGAAUGAACAAUUGAAACCGAAAAAUGUUUGGAGGCUUUGUAGCUUGCAGCAAGUUGAAGAAUUAAAAUGCUUAUUGGGAAUUCUACCAGUUUGGGUGACAGGAAUAUGUUGCUUCAUUGUAAUGGAUCAGCAGAACACAUUUGGUGUUCUUCAAGUUAUUCAAACAAACAGAUCAAUUGGGAAACAUUUCAAAGUUCCACCAGGUUGGAUGAACUUGGUCUCAAUGGUAGCACUUUCAAUUUGGAUCUUCAUCUACGAAUGCAUCUACAUUAGAGUGACAAAGAAAAUUAACAAAAAGGCUACUCGGUUAAGCAUGAGCCUAAGAAUCAGAAUUGGGAUUCUUUUGUCAAUUUUGUGCAUGCUUGUGGCUGCAAUUGUUGAGCAGAAGCGCCGCGACUCAGCUUUGAGAGCAAAAUCGUUUACUUCGCCGAUGAGCUUCGCAGUGCUGCUGCCACAGUUUGCACUGUCGGGUCUCAAUGAAGCCUUCGCUGCUGUGUCCAUAAUGGAAUUCUUCACCACGGAGAUGCCCGAUAGCAUGAGGACUGUGGCUGGUGCUGUUUUCUUUCUGAGCUUGUCAGUUGCAAACUACUUAGGAUCAUUGAUUGUGAACAUUAUCCAUAAAGCUACAUCAUAUGGUGGGAGAAAUUCAUGGCUUGGUGGGAAUGAUUUGAAUGACAAUAAGCUUGAUUACUACUAUUAUCUAAUUGCUGCACUUGGUGUUUUGAAUUUUGUUUACUUCAAUUUCUUUGCUAGCCAUUUCUUGGGUAAAAAACCUAGCAAUGAUACAAAAAAGGUGCAGCCAAAGAAUUCAAUACCAAACCAGCAGAAUGGAGAGCCACCUCAAGAGAAGGUAUUUGACAUAACAAUUGAUCCAAGAUGAAAGAGGGAACAUGAUCAUGCUAAUUUGAUACAUUUUAUUUUAUUGUUGUUUAGUUUAGGUUUGACUGUAACAAUCUUUUUUGCCUUGAACACUUUGUUGUGCUAAUUAUGUGUGGUAUAUUGCAGAUCAUAAUUUAGAUUUAGAUAUCAAGUUUGAUGAACUAGCCUUCA